CGAUGUUGGACAUUUUGGUAGAGAUCUGGAACAAGAGUGCCCACCACUUCGAUCAGAGCCAUUGGAAGAAGAUACAAGCUUACCUUGCGGAGAGGGGGUGGAAAGAUAGGAGAGGACAACUUGGUUGACAAGCGGGAGAUGAGGACAAAGACGAUCCUGAGCAAGUGGUGGACAACGACGUCAAAGAGGUUGUCGGGGCGUGUGAAGCGCCUGCGGGGGGGAGGUGUGGAUGUCGGGCGUGGAGCGGACGAUGACAAAUCCGCGGACGUUCCAAUUGACAUUGACAAAGAGGCAGAGCGUGACCGCGGAGUGUUGAGGAUGGAGAAGAGAGAAGUCGCUGGCAUUGGGACGUCAAGGAAGAGGAAUGCUUCUUCACAGGGUCCGUCGGCGACAAUGGCCACAAAGAAGUUUCGUCAAUCACGCAUGGAGGACGCCUUCGAUCCGAAGUGGCAGCUGGACUUCGACACAUAUUUCCUGCAGUGGUUUCAUAUCACUGGGAUCCCGUUUUAUGCGGCAAGGAGGCCAGAGUACAAUACGUUCAGGCAGCACCUCACGACAUGUCCCCCUCGGGUGCAUCCUUCCCUGCGAAACUAUCGCCUCCUCUGUGGCGAAGGUAUUGUCGAGAUGCAUAGGGGCGUUGCUGAGAUGUUGGCGGGACUGAGGAGAGAUGUUGUGGCGACAGGCAAAUCCAUCAGCGCUGACCAGAUAGUCAACUUUUUGGCAGGCGGAUCCUCAGGCGUACCUUCUGAGGACAGUCCUGAGGGACGGGGAUGAGCAAGACAUGACGGAUCAUCCGAUGUUGUUGUGCG